GGUUAGGUUUAGGGUUAGCGUCUCAGGAAAAUUCGCGGCCUUCUCCACAGCCUCACGUUCCUUUCAACCCCCGUUCGAGAUUAGGGUUAGGGUUUCGCUGUUCCUCCUUCGCUUCUCUCCUUUCUUUUCUUAGGGUUUUCUCCUUCUGGAUUAGAUCGGAGAUCUCCAUGGAGAUGGAAUGCCCGACGGAGUUCCCUCACAUGCACAUGGACCGUCGGCCCAGAAAGAGGCCGAGGUUAGCUUGGGACGUUCCUCAGCUCCCAAAGGCUCAGCUAGGAAUUUCAUGUGGGCAAGAGGUUGGAAAUGUUACAAGCUUUGCACAUUCAAGGGCACCCCCAGACCAUACAUGUUCUUCUUUGUAUGUAAGAGGAGUCGCUCGAAAUGGUUCUCCCCCUUGGCGAGAUGAUGACAAAGAUGGACAUUACAUGUUUGCACUUGGAGAGAAUUUAACUUCUCGCUAUAGGAUCCACAGCAAAAUGGGCGAAGGGACAUUUGGUCAGGUUUUGGAAUGCUGGGACAGGGAAAAAAAAGAGAUGGUAGCCAUCAAAGUUGUCCGUGGUAUUAAGAAGUACCGGGAGGCUGCGAUGAUUGAAAUUGAUGUCCUUCAACAGCUUGGAAAACAUGAUAAGAAUGGCACUCGUUGUGUGCAAAUAAGGAACUGGUUUGACUAUCGUAACCAUAUCUGUAUCGUAUGUGAGAAGCUUGGACCAAGCUUGUACGAUUUUCUACGGAAAAACAAUUAUCGGUCAUUUCCAAUUGAUCUAGUUCGAGAGCUUGGCAGACAACUGUUGGAAUGUGUAGCAUUUAUGCAUGAUUUGCACCUCAUUCACACUGACUUGAAGCCUGAGAACAUUCUACUUGUUUCGUCAGAGUAUGUCAAGGUACCGGACUACAAGCUAUAUGCUCUGCAGGUUUCAUCACGUUCUCCCAAGGAUGGAUCCUAUUUCAAGAGACUGCCAAAAUCAAGUGCAAUUAAAGUAAUUGAUUUUGGUAGCACUACUUACGAGCAACAAGAUCAUAGCUACAUUGUGUCCACUCGGCAUUAUCGGGCGCCUGAGGUUAUUCUUGGCCUUGGGUGGAGCUACCCAUGUGAUGUAUGGAGUGUUGGUUGUAUUUUGGUGGAGCUUUGCUCGGGGGAAGCAUUAUUUCAGACUCAUGAGAAUUUGGAGCACUUGGCCAUGAUGGAGAGGGUACUGGGUCCAUUGCCUCAGCACAUGUUGAAGAGAGUAGAUCGACAUGCUGAGAAGUACAUCAGAAGAGGUAGACUGGACUGGCCUGAGGGUGCAACCUCAAGGGAAAGCAUCAAAGCUGUUUUAAAGUUGCCUCGACUUCAGAACCUAGUAAUGCAGCAUGUUGAUCACUCGGCUGGUGAUCUUAUAGACCUCUUGCAAGGCCUUCUCAGAUAUGAUCCAUCGGAUCGGUCGACGGCCCAAGAAGCCCUAAGACACCCCUUCUUUACCAGGGAUCAUCAUAGGAGGUUUUAGUCAAAAGAUUGGAAGAGAGGUGUUUUACAAUGUCAUGGUGUGCCAAUGCUUCCAUCACUUGAGAGAUAGUAGAGAGUCGUAGGGGUGGGUUGUCAUGAUGUUUCCAUAUAACCUUCGGUGAACGAACCUCUCUCAGGGGUUCCUGAUCUUGACGUGUUUCUUGUUUGUGCUGUAAAAAGGGCGGGAAGUGCAAAAAGCUAACAUAAAGUGUAUUUAUGUGAAUCUAACUUCAUAUUGCAAUAUCCAUAUAUAUCUUACAUUUCUAC